AUGCCUGGAAGAAAUUUGAAAUCCAAAGUUCCAUUUACUUUUGCCUGGUACAAGAGUUUGAUUGCCACAGGUAUCGCUCUUGGUUUGGCCUUGAGUUCCAAAUGGGUUGGUUUGUUCACCGUUGCUUGGGUUGGUUUAUUAUGUAUUUAUCAAAUGUGGUUCCUUAUUGGGGAUUUAUCUGUCAACACCAAAAAGAUCGUUCAUCAUUUCUUUGCAAGAGGUUUGAUUUUGUUGGGUGUUCCAAUGACUUUAUACCUUGCCUUCUUUGCUGUCCACUUCCAAUUGUUGUACAAAGAAGGUGAUGGUGGUGCUUUCAUGACCCCAGCUUUCAGAUCUACUUUACAAGGUAACAAGAUUCCAAAGAACAUUGUUGAACAAGUUGGUUUGGGUUCUAUUGUUACUAUUCGUCAUAUGGAUACCCGUGGUGGCUACUUGCACUCCCACGAUCACUUCUACAAAACUGGUUCCAAACAACAACAAAUCACUUUGUACCCACACUUGGAUUCCAACAACAAAUGGUUGAUUGAACCAUACAAUGGAACUGUUUACAACGAAACUUUUGUUCCAUUAAUCAACGGUAUGAAGAUCAGAUUAAAGCAUAUCAACACCGGUAGAAGAUUACAUUCCCACGAUGAAAAACCACCAGUCAGUGAACGUGAUUGGCAAAAAGAAGCUUCUUGUUAUGGUUACGAAGGAUUUUCUGGUGAUGCCAACGACGAUUGGGUUGUUGAAAUUGUCGGCCACAGAUCUCAACCAGGUGAUGCUCAAGCUUUUGUUAAGUCACUUAAUACCGUUUUCAGAUUGAGACAUGCCAUGACUGGUCACUACUUGUUCUCUAGUGAAGUCAAAUUACCAGAUUGGGGUUUUGGCCAACAAGAAGUUACUGCUGCAUCUCAAGGUAAACGUCAUUUGACUCAUUGGUACAUUGAAACCAAUGAAAACAGCUACUUGCCAAAAUCAGAAGUCAAGAUCGUCAACUAUCCUAAAUUGUCUCUUUGGCAAAAAUUCGUUGAAUCUCACAAAAGAAUGUGGAAGAUUAACCAAGGUUUAACUUCUCAUCACCACUGGCAAUCCAGCCCAACUGAAUGGCCAUUCUUGUUGAGAGGUAUCAACUAUUGGAACAGAGAACACAGACAAGUUUACUUAUUGGGUAAUGCCGUUACCUGGUGGGCUGCUACUUUGUCUGUUGCUGGAUUUGCCAUUUAUGCUGUUGUAACUGUUUUCAAAUUCCACUUGGGUACUCCAUUAUCUACUGACAAGCACAUCUUUAACUUUAAUACCCAAGUGUUGUCUUACACUUUGGGUUGGGCUAUCCACUAUGCUCCAUUCUUCCUUAUGGGUAGACAAUUAUUUUUGCAUCACUACCAACCAGCAUUGUAUUUUGGUAUUUUAGCUCUUGGUCAUGUUUUUGAUGUUAUUGUUGGUUACUUAGGCAGCCGUAACCGUGCCUUGCAAAACUUUGGUUACUUCCUUGUUCUUGGUACUUCCGUUCUUAGUUUGGUAUUCUACAUUUACUAUUCUCCAUUGAUUUAUGCUACUCCAUGGACCAAAGACAGAUGUUUGGUAAGUAAGCCAUUCAAGACUUGGGAUUAUGACUGUAACACUUUCCUCAGUCAAUUGUCCGAAUAUAACAAUAUUGAAGCUUCUUCAUCUAGUGAACUUGCUACCCCAACUGAAACUGUCGUUGCACAAACCAAGGGUAGCAACAAGAAGGCCGCUAAGAAAGAAGAACCACACGCUUCUCCAGCUGCUGAAGUCAAAGAAGAAAAAAUUAUCAAAGAAGAACAGUUAGCUCCUCCAUUACCAGAUGAAGAAACACCAAAGAAGAACGAUGCUCCUCAAGUUGCCGAAGUUGACUCUUCAAGCAACGACGCCGAGCAAGCUGAAAUCAAGGAACAAGCUAAAGAAGAAGCUGCUCCAGUCGUUGAAGAAGUUGUUGCCGAAGAGCCAGUUGCUGAAAAGGUCGAAGAAAUCAAAGAACAAGUCGUUGAAAAAGUAGAAGAUGUUAGAGAACCAGUUGCUGAAAAAGUAGAAGAAGUUAGAGAACAAGUCGCUGAAGCGGUAGAAGAAGCUAAGGAACCAGUUGUCGAAAAAGUUGAAGAAGUCAAACAGCAAGUUGAAGAACCAGUUGUUGAAAAGGUUGAAGAAGUUAAACAGCAAGUUGAAGAACCAGUUGUUGAAAAAGUUGAAGAAGUUAAAGAACAAGUUUCUGAAAAAGUAGAAGAAGUCAAAGAACAAGUCAAAGAAGCCGAACAACCAGUUGAAAACUAA